GUUCCCCGCCCGGCUGCGGCGCCCAGAGCGGCUGCGGGGCACCCGGCGGCACAGCCUGCAGCGCGGCAGGCUCGGGCUGAGUUCCGGGCGGGCGAGCGGUUGCCGACUACUGCCGUCUGCUUGGCAGGUCCCGGACCGGGGAGUCCAAGGGGAACUUGCACCCGGCUCAGGAAGAGUGCACGGAAUGGGCUCGGGACCCUCCUGGGCGUGCGUGGCGCGGGGCGGAGGGUACAGGGAGGAGCUGGUGGGUGGUGGGAAGUGCCGCUGGCAGCAUAACCGUGUCUGGUAAAUAGCGCGGGUUGGUAGGACAUGAACCACUUGGGACGGCCGGGCUGCGUCCGCCUCUCCGGCGCAGAAUAACAAACGCCUUUGCUGCAGAGAAGGGCUUUCCCCUUUCUCGCUGGGGCCGUGGGCUGCCGCGGAGCCCCCGCGCUUGAAAGGAAGCUGAGAUCUGGGGCAGCAGCGUGGCGCAGGCUACACCCCACGCCCAGAGAUCAGGCUCCGGGAUUUUUGGGUGGAGUCGGAGCCUCGGUGGUCCCUCGGCUGGACCCGGGGGGCAGGAGAGCUGAGCUGCGCUCGGGCCGGCAGCGGGAGCCGACCGCGCGGGCAGGAGGGGGUUAAGGUGGCGCUAGCUGCGGCGGCCAGCGGGAGGGUCUGGUCCUCGGCGCAGAGGCGAGCAGUGAGCGCGCCGGACGGAAUCCCAGCCGGAGCCCGGGGCCAUGGGGAGAGGGCCCAGACCCCUCCCCGCCCUGGGGCCGGCGGGAUUGGGUCGGCAGGGGGCCAGUCCGGAAGCCUGCUUCCUUCAGGCUCCCCCUCUCGCUGCUGCCAAACCGCCUUGCAGCUAGGCAGGCUGAGCGUUUUGUUCUGUGCUCCCUGCUGAGGAGAUACGAGGGAUUUUCUCUUGGGGGAGAAAUCAGUGGUCGAGCGCCUGCCCAGCUCAAAUGCCACCCGGCUCAGAGAGAGGCCUGCGGCCCGGGGAUCCCGGAAGGAGAGCAACGUCACACCUCCUGAGGACAGCCAGGACUCCAGCUUUUGCUGAGCUUUGCAUCUUGCUUCCUUCCUUCCAAAGACUCCAGACACAGGCUCAGCUGUCUUCGAGUCCCGCAUGCCCCUGGCCAGGCACCUCAGCGCCCAUCCAGCCCAGCCCAGUCCUAGAGCUCACCUCCAGGACCCAGAGUCUGCCCUCCUGCCCAGAAUGACUCACCAUUAUUUCUAGUUCAAGUGAGAAGAUGUGAUGGGGAGUUGGGCUGCCUGUUUGUGCAUCUAACAUUCCCGCAGCUUCUGAUCAGCUCUGCAAGGAAGAGAGCUUCAGGUUCCUGUCUGGUCAGCCAAGCGAGGCUGUCUCUCCAGCUCCCAGAGAGCUCUCGGGGCUCUCCUGCAGGAGCCCAGGCCAAUGCUCCUGUGCUUCCUGGGGCCAGUAGCAGCAUCCUGAGCUCCCUGCCGCCAGGCAGCUGAAAGGCAUAGCGUGAGGCACUUCUCUCAGUCCCAAUUAUGACAGUGGCCACCGGAGACCCAGCAGAUGAGGCUGCUGCCCUCCCUGGGCACCCACAGGACACCUAUGACCCAGAGGCAGACCACGAGUGCUGUGAGAGGGUGGUGAUCAACAUCUCAGGGCUGCGGUUUGAGACCCAGCUAAAGACCUUAGCCCAGUUUCCAGAGACCCUCUUAGGGGACCCAAAGAAGCGAAUGAGGUACUUUGAUCCCCUCCGAAAUGAGUACUUUUUCGAUCGGAACCGCCCUAGCUUUGAUGCCAUUUUGUACUACUACCAGUCUGGGGGCCGACUGAGGCGACCUGUGAAUGUGCCCUUAGAUAUAUUCUCUGAAGAAAUUCGGUUUUAUGAGCUGGGAGAAGAAGCGAUGGAGAUGUUUCGGGAAGAUGAAGGCUACAUCAAGGAGGAAGAGCGUCCUCUGCCUGAAAAUGAGUUUCAGAGACAAGUGUGGCUUCUCUUUGAAUACCCGGAGAGCUCAGGACCUGCCAGGAUUAUAGCUAUUGUGUCUGUCAUGGUGAUUCUGAUCUCAAUCGUCAGCUUCUGUCUGGAAACGUUGCCUAUCUUCCGGGAUGAGAAUGAAGACAUGCAUGGUGGCGGGGUGACCUUCCACACCUAUUCCAACAGCACCAUUGGGUACCAGCAGUCCACUUCCUUCACAGACCCUUUCUUCAUUGUAGAGACUCUCUGCAUCAUCUGGUUCUCCUUUGAAUUCUUGGUGAGGUUCUUUGCCUGUCCCAGCAAAGCCGGCUUCUUCACCAACAUCAUGAACAUCAUUGACAUUGUGGCCAUCAUCCCCUACUUCAUCACCCUGGGGACAGAGUUGGCUGAGAAGCCAGAGGACGCUCAGCAAGGCCAGCAGGCCAUGUCACUGGCCAUUCUCCGUGUCAUCCGGUUGGUAAGAGUCUUUAGGAUUUUCAAGUUGUCCAGACACUCCAAAGGUCUCCAGAUUCUAGGUCAGACCCUCAAAGCCAGCAUGAGAGAAUUGGGCCUCCUGAUAUUCUUCCUCUUCAUAGGGGUCAUCCUUUUCUCUAGUGCUGUCUACUUUGCAGAGGCCGAUGAGCGAGAGUCCCAGUUCCCCAGCAUCCCAGAUGCCUUCUGGUGGGCAGUCGUCUCCAUGACAACUGUAGGCUACGGAGACAUGGUUCCGACUACCAUUGGGGGGAAGAUAGUGGGUUCCCUAUGUGCAAUUGCAGGUGUGUUAACUAUUGCCUUACCGGUCCCUGUCAUUGUGUCCAAUUUCAACUACUUCUACCACCGGGAGACAGAGGGAGAGGAGCAGGCCCAAUACUUGCAAGUGACAAGCUGUCCAAAGAUCCCAUCCUCCCCUGACCUAAAGAAAAGUAGAAGUGCCUCUACCAUUAGUAAGUCCGAUUACAUGGAGAUCCAGGAGGGGGUAAACAACAGUAAUGAGGACUUUAGAGAGGAAAACUUGAAAACAGCCAACUGUACUUUGGCUAACACAAAUUAUGUGAAUAUUACCAAAAUGUUAACUGAUGUCUGAUUGAAACCUCUUACCAUACUCACAGCUCAAUGGAACUAAUGCAGAUGUUGCAUAAUACCCUGCAUUGUAGUCAGUGUGUUCUACAGUGUGUAUCUGGUUCUGCAUGGAAAGCAAUAGUUGUGCAAGUGACUUUUGAUCUUUUGACUUUUGAUUUAGGACACAGAGUAUCUAUCAUGGCUUUCAUGCACAUCCUCAUCACUGGCUUAUGAGUUUCCAAAGAUGGGAGUCACCUAUCGAGCUAGGAUUUCAGAAAGACACAUUGAGGCCACCGCAUAUCCAAUACACAGUGCACCGUAUCAGUGCCACCAUUCCUUCCUAAUUAAGUGCACACAACAUCCAGGAGAUGCACUCCCCUCCCUGCUAUCCCACCACCCCAUCUGAGCCCACCUGCCCUUUCACAGAGGAACACAAUCAUGGCUUAGCUUUAAAUAUCUGGUGUUUAUUCAAAAGGUCAUUCUCAUUUUCGCAUUGAAAAGAACACACAGUCCUGUGUGUUGGAAUUACUUUCUGUGUCACAGGCUGGGGUUUGUGAAUUGCAGUUGCCAAGUAGACGCUCCGGAGGCUUGUGUUUCAUAACGGAAAAUGCUGCAUUCUGCUUUUUCUCUGCAGUGUCGAUGUGAGGGAAGCCCGGGGGAGGGACAGUUAGUGUGACCAAAUAUGAGUUGUCAAGUUUCACAUUUGUUCCCUUAGGCCUAUGGGGAGAAGCUAACAAACCAACGGACCUCUAAGCCUCUGAUUUCACCAUUUUUGCAGGCUUCAGGGUCACAAAAACAUGUCUGGUUUCUUACUAGAGUUUGCAGACAUCUGCUUUCUUACUGAUGUGGCCCAGCUACACUGACACUGCAGUGAAAUUUACCAGUGAUGCGAUAGAGCUGCAUGGGUGUUUGUUGCAUGAAUCUCAAUAUUUAAAACAGGAGAUAACCUAUUUUCCUAGUAGCCUACACAGUAUUAAUAUUUAGAGUAUUAAUAGCCUUGAAAUGGUCUUGAACUAGGGAUUUUUUACCAUCAGAAGGUAAAAAUCCCUCCAUCAGGGGAAAAACCAUGGACUAUUUGGAAUGGAACUAAAACUUCUGUCCCCCCAGCCUACCUAUCCCUGUUCUUCUAAAUGGGAAUGCAGACCUCUGCAAAGCCAGGAGAGUGAGCAGGGAAGGCAGCGUCUGAACACCUCACAUGACUGCACCUUAGCAUUAAUCUAGUCAUGGGCAUGACUACCCAGUGGACCAGGGCAUCUGGUCCUGACGACAGGCAGGUCUGUGGAUUCAGUGUAUAUAAAUAUAUAUCGAGUAUCUCUCUUUCACGCGUUCCUCUACCUAGCUAGCGAUAGGAAAAAAAAUUGCAUUUGAACAUUGUACAAGCUUAUGCAAUAUUUUUGACACAGGGCAAUUUAUGCAUGUGUUUGACUAUGUGCACUAGGGUGUAUAUAUAUACAUACAUAUGUGUGUAUAUGUAUAUAUACACACACAUACAUAUAUAUAUACAUAUAUAUAUAUUCAUUUUCUGGAGUUCAGGUUUAGGAGCAAAUCCACUGCUUGGUGGCUUGGCUGUCUAAGAGGCCUAACGGGUUAAUCUGUCUCAUUGGUAACCCCACUGGGCCUGGGUUUGCAGCCAUCGCCUCAGACACUCUGGUAUCCGUGGAUUCUUAGACGUUAGAAUUGUCUUUCUGCCCUCCAUGUGCUGCAGCUUCAGUUUCCAUGGCUGAAGCUUGUCUUACUGAGUGCACAAGGGCCCUGUGGCCCUCACAGUUCCAGCUGUCCUGGGCCAGACCCACCCCGGGCCUCCGCUCUAUAGUCUGUCCUCUUCAUCAUCUCCAUUCUCACCUUUUCUCACACCACUUGGAUCUUAUCGUCAUUUGGCUCUGCAUCUGUCACUUUGACAAACCUUUCCCUAAAGAGCCAGAAUGGAUCCCCUGCUUUGAAACCAAGGACACCAACGAGUAAGACUCCCUGGGACCAAAUUCCACUGAUCUGGACUUAAAGGGAGCCUCUUCUAUGUGGAAAUGUUUGAGGUCCAGAGCUAAGGGAUGGAGUCCCUAGAUGAUCCAAAGGCAUCAUUUUGAUCUCCAGACCCAAACUCUCCUCCCAUUGAACUGGCAACCAGAACUGCUUUUUAAAAGGAACCAGUGGUGUAAAGAAUCAUUUCCCACCCCCAAGAACAGGUAGAGUGCAAAUGAGCACUGCAGAGCUCAAAGGUAGACAAUAGCUUGACCCCAGAAUGGCUUCAGGUUGGGGGCUUUUUACUCACCACACUGGCUUCUUUGUCUCUUGACAGAGUGGCUUAAAUUUCCUGAACAGUGAAUUGCAGGGGUUGGGCUGUGUAGGAGUGGCUUCGGCCCAGGCCUCACUGCUGCUUAGUUAGCACCUACAGUUUUCUUGGGGCAUGGGGCACCAGCUCAGGGUGCUAGGCCCAGGGUGCUCAUUAGUGCCUGGUCACCCACAUCCCCAGGUAUCUGCAGGAUAUCCCAUGGCCAGCACAAAGCCUCUGUGCUUCUCUUCCUCUCCUUCAUGGGAGGUGGUGCUGAAUUUCCAAGGCGUGGGGUGGGAAGGGACACAGACCUUUGGAAAACAGAAGGUAAAGCAACCCGUAUCUGAGGCCUAGGUCAGAGGUAGAUAUCUUAUCACAGUGUUCUUGGCCCAGGACUCUAAAAUGUUCACACACAGUCAUGCACGUUCACCACAAAAUAGACACACAGUUGCCACACACAAGUAUAAAACAUGCAACACGUGCAAAAUACAGACAGACCAAGUUAACAUAAAAGCAAACACAGAAGAUAUAUGGUUAUAACUGUCUACAAAAUAUGCACAUUCUGCAUAGAUACAUAAUUUCCACAUAACAUAGACAAAAGACAAACAUGCACCACAUACAAACAUACAGCCUGCAACUCAGAUGCAAAAUACAUAAAAAACUACAAGGACAUAAUGCAUAUGCAUGUAAAAUACACAAAGGAUACUUUACCAUUGUUUCUACACAUGAAACACACACAAACUCAGUAUAUAUACGCAAUGCAUUUACUUAUAAUCAGCACACGAAAUACAUAGCACACAGGCCCAGAAACAUCACACAAUAUAGAUAAAAUGCAGACACAUACUCAGACCCAUUGUCCUGCCCCCAGAGCUGUGAAUGAACAGGCACAAACAAAAGAUCAGAUUUAGUCACCUCUCCCUGGCCUGUGUCUAUAUCCCUCAGUAUCCUUCAAAAAAUCUCUUUCUCUAGUCUUUUCUCUCACCACCAGAUUUCAGUCCUGAAAAGUAACUCCUGAGGUUUCAAGCAGAAGGAUGAGCCACCACAUCGAGCAGAUACCUGACCAAGACCAGGAAGUGCAUGGGGUCUCUAGCAAUUCACCUUCCUCCCACCAGAAACCUGGUUACAGGGUGUGGGAGUAUCUGGGACAGCUGGCAGCCUAAUAUAGGCCUCCUUGCCAUGACUCUUCCUUCCAGCAAAUCCACGCAGACAACCCAGGCUCCCCUACUCCCAUCACCUGGGGUCUCCAGAUUCAGCCCUAUUCUCUUAAAAGCAGUCAUGGCUCAAGAAACUGCAGAAUCUUGAGCCCAGGACCAGGGUGAAGAUGUCCCUAACAUUCUCUAAGCCCACAGAUCUUAUUGCCCCUCCAUCCUCUGCAGCUUUGGGGGGACUAGGUCAGGAAGUUGAGACCCUAUAGAGGCCCGUCUCUUAAAAUGAGCCACUUUUACUUGCUUGUGGCAUUUCACUUGCUCUCGGGCAUACACCCAAAGGGGCCAACUCCCAAUUCCCCUCUGGGGGUGUUCAAGCCCAGGCACGCUCUUCCUUCCCUCUUGCUGGGCUCCCCGAUGCCCUGCCUCCCAUCCAGUUACUAUGCAAUCCAAUUCAGCUAAAGUAAAAAGUGAUGAAGAACAUACACCUAAGGCUAAACAAGCAAACACUUUUUAGAAGGCCUGACCUUAUCGUAUAUUCUAAGGCCAUAUUUAAAUACUUUCUAAGAUUACCCACCAUUUUGGAUUCCUCUUGGAGCCGGUUCUUCCCCUCAGUAGGACUAGCUGAGAGCUGAGUGCAUUUCAGCAAAGGCUUCGCCUACAUUGGAAGUUAGGAGUUGCAGUCAGGCCUUAGAUCAGGAUCCGCUCCUGCAGCCAUUCUCGUUGCAGCUCAUGCUCCUUUCCAGUGAUGCUCGCAGCUCCCAGUCUCUACAGAGAAGGCAACAACAGCAGGAAAUGGACAUGUGGGUCCAAAACUUAUGCUUGGCUGCAAACUUGCAUUUCCAAGUCAAGAUACCAUUCCUGAUGGCUUCAUCAAGUGCCUCUGAAAGUUGGAAUUCUCAGGAAAGUUGGAGUUUUCAGAGGCUGAAAAGAAGGAGCCCCAGGAAGGGUGGAGGGAUUGUCAGGAAGAGAGAGUAGCUGAGCUGGUCAAAUUUCAGAGUAAACUUUUCAGGAGCCAACAUUUACUUCAGAAAUGAUUAAGGCUCUGUGCUUCCUGAAACCUCAGUGAUGCUUGACAUGCUCUCUUCCUUCUUCUCUGCUUGCCUCUGUCCCUCUCACCUGGGCUUCUGAGGCUGGUGUUGGCAAGUCACCAGGAGGUUAGCCUUCUAAAAGGGACUCCCUGGGAGUGUACCUCUAGACCGCAUUAGCCUAGUAUGGACAGGGCUCCCAUGGAAGCUAUGAUGGCCCGAGACCCCAGCCUGGGUGUUCAUGUUGCUGCUCUGUGUGGGGAGGGCUCAGGACUAGCUUGUCCUACCUGUCCUUCCUGGAUCUCUCACUAUGUUGACAUGAGGACUUUAUCAGUGUCAACCCAUGUGGAAAGACGCCAACACCCUCUGGAGUUCCUCAGGCUGGGGGUUUAGCACUGCCCACAGUAGGAGAGUCAUAGAGGCUGACUUUCCCCAAAGGAAACUAUAGAACAGUAUGCAAAUUGCAUAUGAAGGUGGCACCAUUACCGCCAUGUCAGGCAGGGGAGCGCAGUGCUCUGACUUGUUUAGUCAAGAGAGGGGACGGCAGUGCUGAGAUCUGCUCCCCAGGGCUUUCCUGGGGCCCAUUGUUGUAACAACCUAUAUGUCGGUGAUGGCUGCCUGGUCUGUGAGGGUUGUGAUGUCCAGGGUGGUCCUUGGUUACACAAUAGAGGUUCCCCCAGCCUUGGCAAGGUAUCCAUUGCCAGGUUUGAACCCAUGACCUUAACCUUGUUCACAUCAUCAGCCCAGGUGAGCCAACCCACAGGGAGAGGGAUGCUGAGAGCUGUCUCAGUAGCAAUUGUGACUAUCAUCUAUAUCUUCAGACUUGGCCCUUGUUGAGACCAACCCUGUUCCCCUAUCAAAGCAGCCAGCAGGGACAGAUGGAGGUAGGGGCUCCCCUACGCACAGGAAGGGUUCCUUCCUCAAACUAACCUAGUUUACUUUUUCUUUCUGCUUCCCUUCCCACCAAAUCUCAGCUUCAUCUCUCAUAGUUUGUGUUUGACUAUUUUCAAAGAGGAAAAGUGCAAUAAAAUAAAUAGUGACUGUUUUCUGUAGCAAUAGCUCUUUCAAAAUCUCACUCUCAGGACUGAAAAGUGAUAGAUAGUACCUGGAUUAUCAGAUAGUGCCCUUGACUUCUGGGCACUCAUUCACAGUCUCUGUAGUUCCCUCUGCUUCCCACGUGUUUACGUGACUCCUGUCCUCUGAGAUCUGACCUCCUUCUGGAAUGGACACAUGUGCUGAGGUGCAGUAUAUGCACAAGGAAGGCCCGUGAGAGGGCUUUGUCGUUCUGUCUCUUUCCUGUGUGCACCUCUCUGUCUCCAUGUGUGUCUCUGUCCCCUCUCUCUCUGCCUCCCCAUUUCUGCCUGCUGUCACACAGCAUCCUUAUAACCUCUAGGCACAAAAAUCCUAAGUUUGAGUGACCUCCUCAGCCCAUUUUGUUGACUUUCCUUCAGUCUGGCAGGUGUAAUGGAAGCCUACAGGAAAGUGCUUCCCAAUAUAAGAAUAAAGCAUCCUGAGCCAUUACAGAAGAUCAUUUCCAUGCACUAAAAGCCAUUACUUGAUCCUUUUGCUACCCUUCCUCCCUUCCCCAGGGAGAUGGAUGCUGAGGGAAUGUGGCCUGGAGGUUUGCACUUGGGAUCAGUAGCCUGGGCAGAUUUGGGAAUCGCCCUCUAACUCUCCUUCAAAAUAAGCUGACUUGCUCAACCAAAGGGACUCCGUGAGGGCUGCAGAAGGAAGCAAGUUCUUGUUGGUUUCAGUAGAAGUCUACAGGGAUAGAAGUUUGGGUGGUUAGGGCAUGACAUAAGUGAAAUAAAGACUACCACCUGCUAGAGUGUGCAGCUGCACAAAUAUUUGCACACAUAACCAGAGGCUGCAGAAGAGUCCCCUUUUCUAAAACAUCUGUGAGGUUAAAUGUUAAGACUGGACAAUAAGGGAAGGCCGGCAACCCCAGGGUCCCAUUCCAUUCUUUUUUGAUCUACCUUGCUCUAUACACAUGUGUACAGCAAAACGUCAGUUAACUGAUGGGAAACCUCAGGGACGGGAACAUCCUGGUUGCUUUGCAAUUCUGGUUAUUUGAGUGGGAAUGGGAAACAUUGCCUGGUUCAACCUUUGUUAUUGAGAAAAAUAUUUCCUAAGUAGGUUAGUGUAAACUUUCCUGCCUUAGAUAAGUAGAAUGUUUGAAGAUAACAGGAGACCUUGCAUUGUUCAGGGUCAACAUUCGAAACCUCAGUGCUUAUUGUAUAGAAGUGGAGAUAGGUGGAGAAGACCAAAGAGACAGGCUGAAUGGCUGCUGGCUACAAGACAGACCUGGAAAUGGGCCACUGGGGCACAUCCUGCCUCAUCAGAUAGAGCCUUUGCUGUCAUUUGCAUCUUUCUACUGAAAGUAUAGUAAAAAGACAUAAUUCUUGUCAAUCAAGGGUUUGGUUAAUUGGUCCUGAGUUGUUAGAGGUUUUCCAUAUAUACAUAUAUCUGUGUGUGUGUAUAUAUAUAUAGUAUAUGUAUAUAUGUAUACUGUUUUUUAAAUUACAGAAUUAUACAUUGACCAAUCUCCUUAGUUUUACUCAUGUGGAAUAAAUUUGGCAAUCCAAGGAA